AUGGACAAGAUGGGCAAAACUUUUGACAAAAUUCAAGUCCAUGUCAUCGGGUCAUUCGAAAACUCGGACAAAGUUUCUGGCUGGAUGAAAGCCAACGGUGGCAAAUAUCACCGAUCUUUCAACAGCCAGGUUACCCACCUCAUUGUGUCCGAAGAAGUCUACCUCAGAAAUGGAGAAGAAAUUGAAAAAGCAAAGCGGUCCGAUAAAGUAAAGAUCGUGUCCUUUGACUGGCUGGAGGAUUCUUUGCUGUCACGUUCCAAACGGCCCAAGCCGGAGCAACCCUUUCUAUGGUCGACACUUCUUCGGGAAAAUGCCAAAGUGAAAAGGACAACCAAAGAUCCUUUUGUAAACAGAGUCACCAAAACCACCACACGCCGAAAGAGCAAGGAUACAAUUAUGCCCAAAGCCCUGAUAUUCACUGAUACAGCCGGCGAGACCUGGGAUGCAGAGCUCGUGCGACACAAUGUGGCUGCACGCCCUCGAGGUAAAUUCCGAGUCGGAAUUUUUCAGUCUUUUUCCAACCCCCCAUGCUAUUCAACAUAUGCCAAAUACAGCCAGCUUGGCACCUCUUACGUGAUCGAACUUGCAUCGCCGAAGAAAGACAUGUCCCUAGCUAUCAAUGCAUUCAAAAAGUUCUUCCUUGCGCAGACAGGAAAAGAAUGGGAGAAUCGAUCUAAUGGGCAGAUCCCGGCACCAAGGCUGGAUGAUGAUGGAAAUCCUGCGCCUGAGGGCUGGUACUCAUACGAGGACACAACCAGCCUUUUCACAAACUGGAUCAAAGCCUAUCAGCCACUGGCCCAUUCAACCGAAGGAUCUAACAAGGAAGAACAAGCUUAA